AUGACUGGAAGCUCUGCAUCUGCUCACAGAGAAACUGCAGCAAAUGGACACAAAGUUUCCUCAAACGGGACAGAACUCAAGCGUGAAAAGGACAGGAAGGUAGAACUGGGGAAGAAGGUGACCCUGCUCCGAGGCAUCUCCAUCAUCAUCGGGACCAUCGUCGGAGCCGGGAUCUUCAUCUCACCGAAGGGAAUCCUGAAGCACUCGGGCAGUGUGGGAGUGUCCCUGCUGGUGUGGAUUGCCUGUGGCGUGCUGUCCCUCUUUGGAGCCCUGUCCUAUGCUGAGCUGGGAACAUGCAUUAAGAAGUCUGGCGGGCAUUACACAUACAUAAUGGAAGCGUUUGGACCUCAGAUGGCUUUUAUAAGAUUAUGGGCUGAUCUCAUUGCUAUAAGGCCUGCAGGCAUGGCGGUCAUUUCUCUGGCCUUUGGUCAGUACAUCCUGGAACCUCUGUUCAUGCCAUGUGGUAUCCCCCCCCUGGCUGUCAAACUGGCCACAGCCAUUGGCCUAACGUCUGUUAUGUACCUGAACAGUAUGAGCGUAACAUGGACAGCCAGGAUUCAGAUCUUCCUCACUGUCAGCAAGCUGCUGGCCAUUGCCAUCAUAAUAGUGCCAGGCAUGUACCAGCUCUUUAAAGGAGAGACCAGACACUUUGAGAAUGCCUUUGACCUGAGUAAUGUGCAGCUCUCUGGUAUGCCACUGGCUUUCUACUCUGGGAUGUACGCGUAUGCUGGAUGGUUCUAUCUGAACUUUGUGACAGAGGAGGUGGACAACCCUGCAAAGACUGUUCCACUCGCCAUCUGUAUCUCCAUGGCAAUUGUGACUUCUUGCUAUGUGCUCACCAAUGUGGCAUACUACACUGUAAUGUCAGCUGAGGAGCUCCUGGCCUCAUCAGCUGUUGCUGUGACAUUUGCAGAGAGGCUUCUGGGGAACUUCUCUAUCGCCGUCCCAGUAUUUGUAGCCUUGUCCUGCUACGGCACCAUGAACGGCAGCGUCUUUGCCCUGUCAAGAAUGUUCUACGUAGCUUCACGUGAAGGCCAGCUCCCUGAGGUUUUGUCUAUGAUCCAUGUCCGCAGACACACUCCACUUGCAGCUGUCCUCAUAAUGUACCCUAUGACCAUGCUCCAGCUGUUAGUUGGAGACAUCUACAGUCUGUUGAACUUCAUGAGCUUCCUGCGAUGGCUGUUCAUCGGUGUGGUGGUGCUGGGUUUGAUCUACCUCCGAUACACAAAGCCGGACCUCCCCCGCCCUUUUAAAGUUCCACUGUUUGUUCCAGUGGUGUUCUGCAUCACAUGUUUCUUCAUGGUCUUCCUGUCUCUGUACUCGGACCCUGUUAACACAGGAAUUGGAUUUGCCAUUUCCCUCACUGGCAUCCCUGCGUACUACAUCUUUAUUUACUUCAACCACAGACCGAAGUGGCUUCAGAGGACUUUAGAUUCCUUCAACCGAACCUUGCAGAUCAUCCUGGAGGUUGUUCCAGCUGACCAAUGACAGCACACAAGCACCAGCUAGUCAGCACCAGCACAAUCAGAUAAAUGCAG